AUGUUAAACCUGGCAGCAGCAACAAAUGGGUCGGUGGGAACGUCAGCACCCAUGUCCCUACUGGACUGGUAUGAUCUGGACCAGGAGCUGAUCCUGAUGCUGGAGAGACCAGUUCCCUCCAUGUACCUACUCAAGUACACUGAGGUCAACAGUCGCUCCCUAGAGAAAGAGGAGGCCAAGAUUAUACUAAAGCAGCUCCUUGAUGCGGCAAUUGAACUCCAGGAUAUGUACAUCUUUCACUGUGACAUCAAGGUGGGAAAUAUCCUGAUCGGCUCGGAUGUCCCACGCAUUCGCAUCAUUGUCUUCGGGCUGAGCUGCAUCGUCAAGAAAAGGUCCUUUUAUCGCGUCUUCUAGAGUAAGAUGUCAAUCCUCUGCUGUCCGAAGACUGCCAGGAUUUCUUGUGGACAUGUUUGACAGAAGACCCAAAGCAGCGCGUCGCCCUGGC